CUUACGUGUGACUUCCACAAAAUUGAACAAAAGCACGUACGUGUACUAUAAGGAAAGUGAAAGCAUAUUUCAUCAUAUCGUGGUGGGUUCAUUGCACUCAGAGUACUAAUUCCUGCUAUAGCAUAGCUGUAGCGAGCUGAAUCAAGCAAAAGAAGGAGGAUCAUUAACUACGUUUUAUCUUAGAAGUCCAAUACAAGAUGAAAGUCAUGUUCGCGAUUUCAGUCAUCAGUAUAAUGCUGAUUUGCCGGGCCGACAUGACCCUCAGUCAAUCAUGUGACCAAGCUGAUUGGUCAGUUAGUUUGGACAGAGCCACUUGGUCCACUUGUCCCAACAGUAUGACCUACCUCAAGGGGAUGUGGAGAAAUGAUCGACAUCCUGGAGACGAAAGAGUCGGACGCAUAGAGUACGGAAGGUGCUGUCGAGCAACAGAAUCAAGUUAUGUACACAAACCUUCAACAUGUUCAAACGCGAAUUGGCUUCACACGUUGGACAGAUUUCACGUCUGGGCCUUGUGCCCCAACGGUUACUACAUGCAAGGUAUGAGACUUGGCGCUGGUCCACCAGCCUACCUGCAUCACAUCGACGAGGCAAAAUGUUGCCACCCACAGGGUCAUCCAAAUAGUUAUGAACACUGUUACGAUCAAGAUGUCACCCAUUCGUUCGACGAUAAGGGUUGGAGCGAAUGCCAACAGUCGGGUUACUACAUGACUGGCUUCUACAAAAGCGGCUGCAACAACAUUUAUUGCAUCGAGAAAUUCAGAUGCUGCAAGAUGAAGAAAGCUGCUGUUAAUGGCGGAUGGAGCAGCUACGGACCGUGGGGACAAUGCAGUGCUCCCUGUGGGGGUGGAGCAGAAGAACGCUCACGAACCUGUACGAAUCCCCCUCCCUCGGGUGGUGGGGCGCAAUGUGUAGGGCCCAGCAAAGAAACACAAGCCUGUAAUACUCAUGAAUGCCCUGUUAACGGUGGUUGGAGUAACUGGGGAGACUGGGGACAAUGCAGUGCUUCAUGUGGUGAUGGGCAGCACGCACGCUCACGCACUUGCACCAAUCCCCCUCCGUCAGGUGGUGGAGCACAAUGUUCCGGAGACAGCCAAGAAACACGGACUUGCAAAAACGGACCAUGCAAUGUUGAUGGAGGGUGGAGUAGUUGGUCAGACUACGGCGAGUGUAGCAAGACCUGCGGUAAGGGAAAGAAAUAUAAAUAUCGUACGUGCACCAAUCCACCACCGUCAGGUGACGGAAAGGACUGUUACGGAAAAUCGAGGAAGGGAAAGAAAUGUAGAGAGGCCUCAUGCAAAGUUAAUGGAGGUUGGAGUGACUGGUCAGAUUACGGUGAAUGCAACAAGACCUGUGGUAGGGGGAGGAAAUAUAAAUAUCGUACGUGUACCAAUCCACCCCCCUCAAAUGGCGGAAAAGACUGUCGAGGAAAAGCGAGGAAGGGCAAGAAAU